AUGACUGCCCAAUCUGAUGACAAAUCUCGAGCUUUGGCAACCUACAAACGAAAGCUGACGGAAUGCCGUGAGAUUGAGAAUAGGCUUAAAGAUCUUCGUGUUAAAGAACGGGAAUCACAAAAAUUAUUUGACAAAUCAGAAAAUGAUAUUCGUGCUCUCCAAUCUGUUGGCCAAAUUGUUGGUGAAGUUUUGAAGCAAUUAACUGAAGACAAAUUUAUUGUUAAAGCAACAAAUGGUCCUCGUUAUGUUGUUGGAUGUAGACGAUCUGUUGCCAAAGACAAACUUAAACAAGGUACUCGUGUAGCUCUUGAUAUGACUACAAUGACUAUUAUGAGACAAUUACCCCGGGAAGUUGAUCCUCUUGUUUAUAAAAUGAGUCAUGAAGAUCCUGGAAAUGUUUCUUAUGCUGAUAUUGGCGGUUUAAAUGAACAAAUUCGUGAAUUGAGAGAGGUUGUCGAAUUACCUUUAAUCAAUCCUGAAUUAUUUAAACGUGUUGGUAUUACUCCACCAAAAGGUUGUCUUCUUUAUGGACCUCCAGGAACUGGAAAAACUCUUUUGGCUAGAGCUGUAGCUACUCAACUUGACUGUAAUUUUCUUAAAGUUGUCUCUUCAGCAAUUGUUGAUAAAUAUAUUGGAGAAUCUGCACGUAUGAUUCGUGAAAUGUUUAAUUAUGCCCGGGAUCACCAACCUUGCAUUAUUUUUAUGGAUGAAAUUGAUGCUAUUGGGGGCCGCCGUUUUUCUGAGGGAACUUCUGCUGAUCGUGAAAUUCAACGUACUUUAAUGGAAUUACUUAAUCAAAUGGAUGGUUUUGAUUCUUUGGGAAAAGUUAAAAUAAUUAUGGCAACGAAUCGACCGGAUACUUUGGAUCCAGCUCUUCUUCGUCCAGGCCGAUUGGACCGUAAAAUUGAGAUUCCUCUGCCGAAUGCACAAAGCAGACUUUCUGUUCUUAAAAUCCACGCUCAACCGAUAACCAAACAAGAACCAAUCGAUUACGAAGCAAUUGCUAAACUUUCUGAAGGUUUUUCUGGUGCGGAUUUACGUAAUGUUUGCACAGAAGCUGGAAUGAAUGCAAUUAGAAAAGAAAGAGAAUAUGUAAUACAAGAAGAUUUUAUGAAAGCAGUUCGCAAAGUUGGAGAAGCAAAAAAAUUGGAAACAAAGUUGGAUUAUAAACCUGUUUAA